UCGUCGUAGUGUUCUCUUGGAAAUAAAGUUUAUAUUGGUUGCCUCUUCUCAAAAUAUUAAUUUAAUUGUUGUAACUGUAUAUAGAAGAGUUUAAUAAAAUCCAUUUGGUAUAACGUAUAAGCUAACGACAAAUUCAGAUUAAAAUUUGAUCACAAGUCGGUAGGUUGUGUUUGCUCCGCUUGAUUAAAAUUCAAAAAAAAAAUAAAACAAACAGUGUUUAUUGUGUUUAUUUUAUAUUUGUAAAAUACUAUUGAGUAUUUUUGUAUUUAUUUAUAAAUAGUGUUAAACUAAAAAAUAUCAAAUAAUGUCUACUGCAAAACGUGUAACAGCAAGAAGGGUGUCGCGAACCAGCACCCCAACUCCGACCCUUAAUAGCAGUGGUAGUGCAAAUAGGUCGUCAAGUCCAAGAAGUCCAACACGCACCAGCCGCCUUCAGGAAAAGGCCGAACUUCAGAAUCUCAAUGAUCGCCUGGCGUGUUAUAUCGAUCGAGUUCGAAAUUUGGAAAACGAAAAUUCUCGACUGACCGUGGAAGUGCAUACAGCGCGUGAAACUGUCACUCGAGAAGUUUCAAACAUUAAGGCUAUGUAUGAGCAUGAAUUGUCAGCAGCACGAAAACUAUUAGAUGAAACAGCUCGUGAUAAGGCUAAAUUAGAAAUUGAAAACAAACGUCUUUGGGACGAGAAUGAUGAACUUAAGAUCAGACUUGACAAAAAGACAAAAGAUCUUAAUGUUGCUGAGAAUAGUGCUCGCGUUUAUGAAUCUCGGUGCACUGAAUUAACUAAUAAAUUUAACAAUGCCAAUGCUGAUCGCAAAAAGGCCCAAGACGAAGCUAAGGAAUUACUGAAGGAGAACGAAAGGCUGCGGGCAUUGCUGGAAGAUUUGCGCAAACAGCUUGAACAGGAAACUCUUGCUCGUGUAGACCUUGAAAAUUGCAAUCAAUCUCUGCGGGAAGAACUAUCCUUCAAAGAUCAAAUUCAUUCGCAAGAAUUAACAGAGACGCGCAGUCGGCGUCAAGUAGAAAUCAGUGAGAUUGAUGGCCGUCUAUCACAGCAAUAUGAAGCUAAAUUGCAACAAUCUUUGCAAGAGCUUCGUGUCCAGUAUGAACAGCAGAUGCAGGCCAAUAGGAAUGACAUUGUUCUAUUGUAUGAUAAUAAAGCUAAGAAUUUGCAAAGCGCUGCAAAUCGCAAUGCUAAUGCAGCUUCACAAAUGUCCGAAGAGCUUCGUAUCAGCCGAACAAAGAUUGAUUCUUUGAAUUCUCGCAUUGGCGAAUUGGAAUCCCAGAACGCUACCCUUAAUGGUCGUCUUCGUGAUAUGGAAAAACUAUUCGAUCACGAACGUGCUCGUCACAAUCAAGAAGCUUCACUUCUUGAAGCUGAACUCAAUCGAAUGCGUGAAGAAAUGGCCCAGCAACUUCAAGAAUAUCAAGACCUCAUGGAUAUAAAAGUAUCACUCGACUUGGAAAUAGCUGCUUAUGACAAACUUCUCCGAGGCGAAGAGAGUCGUCUGAAUAUUUCCCCAGGUGGCACUGCCACAACCUCAGCUUCUUCAACAGUUCGUUCAAGUCGUCUUAGUGCUACGCCCAGCGGCCAGUUAUCGGCUGGCGUUAAGCGUCGUCGCACCGUAGUCGACGAAUCUGAGGACCGUAGUCUUUCCGAAUACUCAGUAAAUGCUACAUCCAAGGGCGAUAUUCAAAUUUUGGAAGCUGACAGUGAAGGCCGUUUCAUUAAACUUCAAAACAAAGGCGGAGAAGAGGUUAACUUGACUGGAUGGCAGUUGGUUCGUUUGGCUGGUGAUAAUGAACUUUCCUACAAAUUUGCCCGAGGAACCAAAAUUGAUAGUGGAGCAACCCUUACCAUUUGGUCUGUGGACACUGGAAGCCAUGAACCACCAACUAAUAUUCAAAUGAAGAAAAAAUGGCCUACUAGUGAUUCCAUGAAGACUAUCCUAACAAAUUCAGAUAGAGACGAUGUUGCUGCUUAUGAACGCGUCAAAUCAAAUGUUUCGAGCCAUGCAUCACGCCAUAGGACAACUGGUAGCGGUUUUACUUUAGGAUCAUCCUCGACAUCGACAGGAGUACGUAGUCUUUUCUCAAUGCUGUUCUAGAGAGAAAUUUGGCUUGAUCGUGUUUUAAAUUAAGAAUAUUAGGAUAACACGGCAAUAAAUAACAUGUUUUCUGCACUUAGAUCUUCAGGAUAAGUAGUGAUGACACAAAAAUUAAUCAUAGAAUAAUUUACUUGCCGCAACACUUACAGUUACACACUUUUAUUCCACGAACGAUGAUCGAACUUUUAAAAAUCUACAGAAAAAUUGCAUUUUGUAUUUAAAUUGUAGUAUGUAAAAUAUUUUUUUUAAAGACAUUAUUAACUUAAUAAGCAAGUAAAUUUAAAAAUGUUGGCAAAAUACAUAAAUUUCAUAUUUAUCAAUGGAAAUACAAAUAAAUAAGAGACUUAAAGCGCAACACAUUGCAUUUCACAACAAUACUAUUUUAUUGAAAAUAUAUAUUAUUUAAAAAUAUUUGUCAAAACUAUUUAAUUUUUCACUUUGAAAAUAUUAAGAAAAAUAUGAAUAGGAUAAGAAAUUUAGAAAACUACACAUGUACAUUUACACAUAGAUAAAAUGGAACUUCCGACUCCAGUGUUCAAACAGUUUAAUUCAAUUACUUUGUAAUAAAACAAAAAUCAAGUUUGUUAAAAAAAA